UGUGGGUGUGUGUGUGUGUGUGUGUUAUUGUCUUCGAUGGCCUUUUCGAGGGGAUUUGACUCGGCCGCUCGCAGCCAAAUCCAUCUAUCUGCAGAGUUCAGAUGCUGCGGUUGGUGUGGUAACGUGCUCUGUGUGGUUUUUUAGAUGGGCUCCUGUUUCCAGCUUGAGCUGACCAGUAAUCACUGGGCAUUCAGGGAUUAGGCCGUGUUGGACGUUGGGAUAGGAAUGGUUUCAAAAGGGAGAAACCAAAUCCUGAAUAAUUUAAGACGGAGGGUUAACUGAGAUUUAGAGAUUGGACGGUAUAUAAACAGUCUGGGCUUGGAGAUUUUAACCAGUGCUUGAUUAGUCGAUUGGCCGAGUCAGGCAGUGCAAAUAUUAUCAUCAUACUCUGAAGGUAGCUGCUUAAGUGUGAGGGUUUUACUGGGAUUGUAACAUUCUGUGCAGAAUAUAUAGAUUAACAGGAAUGCAAUAAAUUAUAUCUAUAACAUAUGAGAUAGUCAUAUCUUAAUAAAUGAUUUGAAGGAAAUUAGGCCACAGAAUUCCCAAACCCUGCCUCACUUACUACCAGAAUAAUAUACUUAUUAGGUUAAUUAACAUUGGUUCAACCUUAUUAAAUCUAUUGAUAUGUAUAAUACAUUGUUUUGACUAUACCAGACAGAUAUGAAUCUAUACCGGAUGUAAUCCGAUGGUAUCAGAAUGUUAAAACUCAAAUAAACUACAUUUUGUCCUGUCAAUAAAAGUAAUGAUGCACCAAAAAUAUCUUCAAAAACAUAAAUAUAUAUAGGUUUCCUCAAUUUAAACUUCACACAUGAAAGAUAGUUUUGGAAUUUGCCCAAUGACAUUAAUCGUGAUGUCACUGUUGGGGUCCAGGACAUUAGGUUUGUGUUGUAUAUGAAAACCCCCCCACAAAGGAAUGAUGAAUGAUCUGCUCUAGAAGAUGAAUAAAUUCCCGGUGACAUUGAAACUUGAGUAGGACGGGGGUGGGGGGGGGCGUGUGAUUGUGUGCAGCGUGGUGGAAGACGGCCCGUCCAAUGAGACAUGGCUCCAUCAAUCUGUGCUGCUGACCUCUGCUCGCUCACCGACAGGAGGAAUGAAUCGUUCGGAUGGUUUUGAUGAAUCCUCCGCCGGUCAAACUUUCACCUCCUAAUGAAUCCAAGCUUCUCCAAACAUAUCACAUGUAAAUCAUCAGCGUUUCAAAAGCAGGACGGAGACCAGAGUCUGAAUCUUUGGUGCAAACUGUUGCAGAGGACGAGCUGAGCGUCCCUCACGCUUCCCUCUGCACUGAGGACGCUCUUUGUCUCCGUGCUGCUGCAGCGAGAGGCGCAUUCUGCAGCCUGUGUAUUCAGAGAUAAUGAGGCUCUUAAUUGGCUGCUCUGUGACAGAAUGGAGGGAGAUGGAGGUUUCAGGGAGAGCGUGCGUUCCUUAGUGAGGCUCUGAAAGGACUGAGGGGAGAUGUGACUGCAGCGUUUAGCAGAACAAUGUGAUGUGAAUUGGUGUUUAUUAAAGUAAAAGCACUGGUUUUAGAGCUUUGUGCCAAGUGGCUACUUCCUCAUGGGACGCCAAUGAAUACAGAUGUGUUUUUUUCUCCCUGUGUUGAUUGUAGUGAUUAUAUUGUAAAAGUUAGUCCCUGUACAAUAUGGUAAAUAACUUCAGGCCUUAUUUAUGUUGCUGCUUCUCUGCUCCAGGUUGCAGCUCUGUUGAAGGAGGCCCAACCGAGGAGGAGUCGGAUUAUCCAGGACGUGUUGGGUCCUCCGCUGAUCGGAGGAGCCCCGAGGGUCUCGAUCACACAACCGCAGAGACGGAGAGAAAGAUGGAGGAGAGGAGAACCAAGGUGCUCACCAUGCUUUCCAAACUGCAGGAGGCUGCUCCCCGGCAGAGCGGACGCAGCAAAGCUUCCUCCAACUUCGAGGACUUCGACUUCUUGGCAAAGUAUUGUAUCUUCAGUCAGGAGAAACUCGAGGACUACAAAAGAGCUUUUGAUGAAGAAGACGGUGACGGUGACGGCUACAUCUCCUCCCUUCAGGCUCUACUUGCUCUUAAACACGUCAUCCCUUCAGAGAUGCUGUCGGAUGAAGAAGAGAUCUACGUCUGCAGGAUCCUGGAGAUGGUGGACUUCAGAAUGACAGAUGGGCUCGUGGACCUGAGGCUCUUUUCCGUCAUUGCGAGCCUGGCUCAGAAAAUAGCCACCAUGGAUGAGUUCAUGCGCUCGCUCAUCGGCAGUACGGACUUUCGCUCUCUUGAAGUGAGGCUCUUCAAAGCGAAGCGGCUGUUCCUGUUCCUCCUGGAGGAGCCGCGAGGAGCCGACGGAGCUCAGCAGGGCUUCAUCAGCGCAGAGCAGCUGCUCCUGGAGCUGAAGGCCGGUGGGAUCCAUCUCGAGCAGGAGCCGGCCAUCACGCUGCAGCUGCAACACUUUCCUCCUCUGGACCUGCUGGACUUUCUGGCCUACCUGCCGCUCUUCAUGCUCAUUCACAACUCGGUCAUCUCCAACCCUCUGGACGACUCCAGCCACCUCUGACCCCAGUCACUGCUCAGGCUGCCUCGCGAGGUUCAGCUUCCUCAGCUGUUCCACAUUCGGAUUUCAAAGCACUUGGACACACCAAUGUUUGACCAGGACCAGGACGGUAAUGAGAUCUUCUCUGGGACUAUUAGACUGCUACCCGCUCUAUGAGGAAAAGGCCAUGCUACCUGGACUCCUGCUCUACCUCCUGGAGACGAGGAACAUGUGGUAGAGCUGUGAAGUGCUGUCUAUGGUCCUGAAAUGUUCUGCAGCUCUGGAUGUUCCUCCACUGCCACAACUAUUCACUGUGCAGAGACAGAAAGCUGCUGCUGCUCUACAUCGGGCGUGUGGAGCAAGUGCUGCUGAAACAACGGCUUAUUGUUCUGAGUUUAAAAAAAAGAAAUAAACGAUUCAGCAGAGACAUUUGUGUCCUCCUCCCUCCAGGCUAAUCAACGCUGAUGAAUGAGAUUCAAUAAGAUAUUCCACUAAUAAAGUUUUAGCCAUUGUUUUGCUCCAGCUUCUCCAAUUAGACGUGGUCAUGCUCUCCUGUGGUUCAUACAAACUGGACAGAACGGCACACAGGGAAACAUAAUGGACUCUGACAGCUAGAAAACCAGGACUGGACAGGGACGUCCUCUGAGCAGCACAUUUCUUCAUGCAGAGUCCAAAUGUACGAGAGGAAACUGUGAUUCUAGAGGAUGAUGUUAAACCUGCAGCGUUCAUCUUCCCUAGUUUCAGUUUUAUUCCUCUGAGCUGUCACGUCUUCCUUAUCUCACGGUGACCUUUACAAAUGUCAGAGCCGUGUAAUUGAAACGAGAACCUGACGAGGCCGUUCAUGUGUAGAAAGCUUGUUCCUGUAAUUCCUUGAUCGAUUUUCAGAGACUGAAUCCACUGUGACAGGAUCAAAGUCACAAAUGUCUCGGUUGUGACGUUUGCAAAAGGUGGAAAUAAACAGACAACGAGUCGAUUCUGUCUCUCUGCUGGAAACAUGGACCUAGUUUGUGUUUGACUCUAUAAUGUGAGUCAGGUUUUUGGGUGUGAACUUGGAUGUUUUCUUUAUUUUCUACCUGUAUUUUUACAUUUUCUCUCUAUUAUUGACUUUAAUGUGAAAACAUUUGUUAUCUGUUGAACCUCACAUCAUCUCAGAUUAUUUACGAUCCUCCUGACACGUGUUGUUCUGGUCGGAAAUAACUGGAUAAAUAAAA